AUGCUUCGCUUGUCCGAUAAAUCACCAGGUCCUUCCUGGGCAGCCAUUGUACCGGUAUCAUUCAACAUUUAUUCAUCAACGAAUCCUGACAUGAUAACUGUUUAUUAUUAUCCUAAAGACGCAACUGCUGACCCUUUGGGUGAUGAUAAUUUUACGAGUUUCAAAAAACAGUUAAUCAGUUUUAAUGUUUUAAAGAAUGGUGUUAAAUCUAUUGACUAUAUAGACGACGAAGAUGAUGUCAUUCAUAUUGAUUCUGAACAAGAAUUCAUGGAAGCAAUAAAGUUUGCUAAGGCGUACAAAGAGAAAAAUGGCCAGAGUGUUUUCUUGCUGAUUGAUGAAAAAUCUGAGCGAGAAGCUAAUUCUGAGAACGCUAAAAUAUCAACUGACGAUGACAAAGCAGAACUGAUGGAAGAGGAAAGCAAAGUUGAUGUUUUAACAUCCCAGCAAAGUGAAACCGUUACGCAGAAUGAUUUCAAGCAUAAUAGAUACAACUGCAUUAAUAAAAAAUCCAAGUCAAGUAAAGCUGAUGAUAAAUCAGAACCAAACGCUUGCUGUAAAAAUUAUUUAGAACAGUUUAAGCAAGAGAUUAUUACUGAAGUAACGAAGAAUGUUUUAAAAAAAUUAUCCACCGCUUUGAAUUCAUCAGAAAUUGAUGCAGAGAUAAAAAUUGAAGAAAGUCGUGAUAAAUUGUAUCACCAUACUCCGCAACCUGCUUACUCACAUGAAAGUUCAUUGGGAAAUCAUAAUUAUUUACCAAAGAACCCACUGCUUUCUGGUUUUACGAGGCACCAAGGGCCCAUUUAUCCGAUAAAUCCGAUAAAUCAUGAAAACAAACAUGACUUUAGAAAUAGUAUGAUUGGUGGCAACUAUACUGUGAUGAAACCGCCAAAUUAUUAUUGUCCACCUUAUUGGUUCCAGAGACCAACAAACUUAGCUCCCACUUACUUGAGACCGAACAAUUUGGCUCAACAACACAUACAAUAUCCCCCAUUGGUAUUCCCAGAAACUGUUGAGAGUAAUCAUUUAACCCGCAGUGAAACAGCAUUUGGCAAUGAACUCUUGCGUAAAGUUAUAAAAGAAGAUUUGGAAUCCCAGCAUAUGGCUGUUAUUUCUAACUCUACUUCUACUCCCGCUGAAAAGAAGAGUUCCAACGAUCAGAAAAAGAAACCCAAAAUAACAAAUUUAGUUGUGCUUAAACGUGAUGACUUGACUCAAGAACAGAAGAGUUUAAUCGAUCAGUUCAAAAAAAUUAAAUCCAAGAGGCCAAAUGUUCUAGAGAUGAAAUCGACAAUUAAAAAAAUCGCAGCGCCUUCUCCAAAGAAAUCAAGCUCUUCAAAAAUAAAAAAUAAAUCUAAAAUCGAAAAAGAAUUAACGUUGAACGCCAAGAUGUUAUCUAACUUGAAAUUAGACAGCGAAGAAGUUCAAAAGACUGGCGGAUGCAAAAGAAAGUCUCACUCUACUGAUGAAAAUCGUACUGAUAAAUCCUACAGCUGCGACGAUCCUUUGAAUUCAGUGAUCCAAAAUCCCCCAGAUGCAAUAACAUUCGAAACAUAUGAGAAGCUAAUGAGAAAAAAACUUGACCAAGAGAGGCAAUUUAAAGUCAAUUUUUUAAAGAACAUGAGGAUUUUCCCAAAUCCAUCAGUGAUUCCAGUUAAAGAUGAAAUAAAAGACGCUAAGGACAAUGUUAAAGAGACCUGGUCUCAAGACACUAAUCAAUCUGACGGCGAAGUCAAUGACAAGACAGUACAUGAUCAAGAUGAACAAUCUACCAGUGAUGAUAUCAGUACACUUUCAGAAACAAGUAGUCUGUCUGAAGUAAGCGAGAAUAAUUUUGAGCUUGUUUAUUACGACGAAGAAACUAAUAACGUUGAUGUUAAAGCAAAGAAGCGUGUUUCAUUGAGCUUAGAUACCAAAGAAAAUUCGGUUACAAAAAAUACUUCUGCAGAUUCAGUUAAACAAGAUGGUGGUUCUGUAAAAAAUAAGCCGACUAAAACCGAAGAAGGGUCAAAAAAAUCUGAAGAUCCGAAGAAAGAAGUACGUUUUGACGUAGUGAUUGAAGACAUUGGGCCUGACAAUGAGUCUGAGGAAUUAAUUCCGGAAUUAACCAAACGUCAAGGUGGUGAUUAUUCAUAUGUACGUGAAACUUUACCUAAAGCUAAAGAAGUUGUUGCAGAGACAUCGGAAGCUACCGAAAAAAAUAACAAGAAAGAAUCAGACUGUAACAAGCAGCAAAGUAAGCCUACAUCAAAUAUUAUAGGAGACAUCUGUACUUUUUGGGAUACUUAUUCCGUACCAAAAUCUCACAUAGAUAUAAAAACUUUUACAGAUAAGAAGAGCCAACAUAACUAUCCAAGUUACCCAACACCUGUUCCAGACGUAUCCUCAAGCUGCUUUGUGGUUCAUCCAUCAGCCCCGAAGUCGCCAAAGACUGAAAAAAAAAUAAGGGAAUUAGAAAAAACUAUGAAACAGACUAAGAAAGAAUUACAAGAAGCUGAAAAAAAAUUAUGGGCGUACCAUGAAAAGUCAAACAGCAAAACUCCUCAAGAUGAACACACCCCUAGUAACUUGAACUAUCCAUUGCCAUCGAGCGUACCUUUAUGUCCAACUUACACUACAAGUGCUUCUUGUAGCUACUCUAACGAUCCUAAAAAUAACCCUGAUCCUUUUUCAUAUGGAUAUUUGCACUCUCGCAGACACAGUAACCCGACUAGAAUGAUUCCUCCUCCUAUGUAUGUACCACCACCACCACCACCACCACCAGCUUUCUACCCGCAAAAUUACGCGCCACAAAAUUUCUCUUCACCCGGCUUCGAUCCUUACGUUCCGAUGACAACACUGGAAAAUAUUGCUCCAUUUGCAUUUCAAUCUAGCUCAGCCAGCGGUUUUGAUCCCAUGAAGUCAUUCCAUGAGAAUGUUGCUACCGAAGCUGCUGCUCAGGCUUACGCUCAUGCUCGUAAAGCCGUUGAUAAUUACUUUAACAAGCAGGUAAAUUAUUUCCUCAAAUCAUCAAAUAAUUAA